AUGCCAGGUAAUCUUCGAUUCACGGCAGCUAAGUCGUCUACUAUCAAUAAGAAGUCUGUACUACCUAGCUCUUUGAAGAACUUGCUACCGUCACUGGCAAAAUAUCAACAGAAUCUUAAGAAGAAGCAAAAGCAAUCACUUGCAGCAUCACCAGCUAUUGAUGAGAAGAAGAAAUCCAAAGUGGAAGAACCUUUAACUGUCUUGGAUUAUAACGUACAGCUCGAUUACCAACUCUCUUCGAAUGAGGACAUUCUCACAGCAAUAGAUACCAUCUUGGAAACACAAUGGUCAGAAUCAUGUACACUUCACAAUCGGUUCCAUGAUAAGGAACUUAAAAAGUCUGGAGAUAUGGAACAACUUUUAUUUCUGCUUACUGGACUUUCAAUGGCAACAAAGGCAGAAAUCAUGAAAUAUCGUACUACCCAACUACCACAUGGGUUGGUUACAGUAAACCAACUUUAUUCUAUUUUUGAAAAACAAGGUCAUACUUUUGUUGAUAGAUCAUUAGAAUUGAAAAUAAGACAAGGUAAACUUAAAAAAUUUAUUAUUACAAAUGCCUCACCAAUCAUUCUGAGAUCUCCUCAAAAGUUUCAAAAGGGGAAAGUAACGUAUGGAUAUGAAAAUGUUGAAGUCGUAGUAAAAUUGGACAAUUAUUUAGAACAAAUUGAAUCAAAGAUUAAAGACAUUGAGGGUGAUUUAAAUGGAACUGAAUGUCUUGUUAAAUUCAGUACAUAUGUUAAGGAGAACCCAACUUCUUUGUUUAUUGGACUUGAUGAAUUUACCAAGGAUGAUAUUAAUAAAUUGGUAACUUUUGGAUAUAUUACCCUUACUUCGAACCAUCUCAAUGAAAUUGAAUCACAUCAAUAUGCAUUAGCAUAUCCAACCUGUGGAACCUAUCUUAAAUUAAUUAAUGCUGGUAGAGCAUGGUUGGUGAAGUUAUUAUCCAAGGCAAAAUAUAAAGAGAUCUUGGAAGAUCAAUUAUUUGAUAAAUGGGAAGGAAUAUCUACAACUAAAAACAAUCAUGGACUUGAUACUCAAUUUACCUCUAAAAUGAAUAAUUUUAGAAAACCAUACUAUGGAUUCGAACUUUAUUGGAUCUUAGCUGAUGCACUUGGUGCUGGAAUGGUUGAAGUCUUUAGGACUCCAGUUGGUAGAGGUUGGAGGUUAACUGGUAAAAUGUAA